AUGUUUGAUGUUUCUCGUUCGGCUCUGUUUUUCGCCAUUUUUGAAAAUUCUGAUUCGUUCAGACUUCCAAGGCGAAUUUUUGGCAAGUUUGUGCCAUGCGUGGCUGGGUUAUGGGCUUUUACAUUUUAUAAGCCUAAUUGGCGAAAUCGUCUGUCAGGGUUGGGCUUGGGCUCGAGUUAUUUGGAGGCCUUGGCGUCUGGCGAUUCCCUCCAAGUUUCCAUUGCUCUUCCUCCCGGCUCCCUCCAUCAUAAUCUACUCAAGACUCGCAGUUUGCAACCAGGAUUGCAUGCUGCUACACCUGCUACAGCUAUACCUGACCACAGCUUGAUCAAUGGCCUCCCAUUGAAGAUCGAUUGUGGCAGGGUUGUGGAUGCAGAUGCUACAGUUUCAACUGGCUUUAAAGACUGGAAGAAGUGGCGUUUGGUUGUUUCUUAUGAUGGGACCCGGUAUGCUGGCUGGCAGUUUCAGGAAUCCCCUCCUACUAUACAGGGGUUACUCGAAAAAGCCCUGACUCGAGCGACCAAGCUGGAGAGGAAACAUCUUCAAGUUGUCGGAGCGAGCAGGACUGAUGCUGGAGUUCAUGCUUUGGGCCAGGUCGCACAGUUCCUCACUCCUUUCAACUACGACUCCUUGGACCGCGUUCAUGCAGCUCUCAACGGCCUACUACCCGAAGACAUUCGAGUACGAGAGAUUGCGCCGGCUCUGCCUGAAUUCCAUGCUCGAUUCUCGGUCACCAGCAAGCUCUAUCGUUACAAGAUCUAUAAUGAUGCAGUGAUGGACCCACUCCUGCGCCACUAUGCCCACCACAGCCAUUACAAACUCGAUACAUCCGUCAUGGCGGAAGCUGCCACCCAUUUUGUUGGGAGUCAUGAUUUCUCGGCCUUUGCCAAUGCAUCUCGCAAUGAUCGAGUGCCAAAUCCUGUCAAGACAAUUCUCCGCUUUGAUGUUUCUGAAAUGGGGAAAUUGAUCCAGCUGGAUGUUGAAGGCACCGGUUUCUUGUACAGACAAGUGCGUAACAUGGUUGCUUUGCUGCUGCAAAUAGGAAAGCAAGCUAUCCCUCCUGAUAUAGUACCAAUGAUCUUGGCGAGCCGUGAUCGCAGGGAGCUCGCCAAGUAUGCUCUGGCGGCCCCACCUCACGGUCUCUGCCUUGUCUCUGUCAAUUACAAUCAAGAUCAUCUCCAGCUUCCCAAACUGGGAUCUCCCGCAGUUAGUUUUGGCAGGCAUCACACUAUCAGCAGGUGUAAGCUCCCGCCAUCACUUCUGUAG